AUGCCAAAAGUAACGCAAUGUUUUGUUCUAGGUCAAGCGGAAACAAAAACGCACACCCGUCAUCCGCACUCCGGAAAUACACAUCAUCGUUCAAUCCGAGCUGACAGUCGUACGAACUUUAGCUAUGAAAACAGCCCCAGUGUUCACGACCAGGGGUUUAUUCAGAUAUACGCCGAACAGCACGUGAAGUUAACGCUCGAAUGCGCCGUCAAUAUUAAUUUCAGCACGAGCAUUUGGCUGAAAGACGGCCAGAUUGUACAGACGAUACUUAAGGACAAUAUUAAUAAUAAACGUGUUAGUGGACAUAGGUUUCUGGUGGAUAGCAGUGGGAAUCUGUUGAUUGAUAAUGUACGGCUUGAGGACGACGGACGUUGGCAGUGCGAAGCGGAGGAUGCUCUUGGAUUUGUCGUUACCGGCAAACAAAUUCAACUCACAGUUUUGGAUCCCCCAAGGAAGCCGUACCUUCUAAUAGACAACAGAAUACUGGAUCCCGGGAAUCUUUUCAUUCCCGUCAAGGAGAAUACGGAUUUAACCGUCUCCUGUGUAGUGGAUAGCGGCAAUCCGAAGCCCACGUUAUCUUGGGAAUUAGCGUUGGGCUCCCUUGUGCUGCAGGACGUUCCGGAAGUGCCGUAUCACGCCCUCAACUUCACGGAGACAAUACGCGAGCAGCGGGUCGGUGCCAGAAGUGACGCGCGUCUCGAAAGGGUCAUGAGGACCCAUCACAACGCCACACUCACCUGCUUGGUUAAUCACAUUGCCUUAAAACAGCCAGUCAACGUCUCCUUACUGCUCGACGUUCAAUAUACGCCCUCCUUCGCCAUAUCUCGCGAGCCCGGUUUCGGCAUUCCCAUCCGCGAGGGGAUGCCCGUCUCGCUCAAGUGCGACGUCGACUCGAACCCGAGGGCGGCUCCGCUGUGGCAAAAGGACGACACGAAUCCGCCGGUGCAGCAGACGCCCGACGGUUUCCUCAACUUUACCGAGAUACGGAGGGAGCACAGCGGAUGGUACAAGUGCACCUCGCGACAUCUACUGGGACGAUUCUCGAGCAUCGGAUACUUUUUAAACGUGCGAUACGAGGUCGACGUAACACAGGAACCCGACUUUGACGUGCGGGAGCUCAGCUCAACGGGGAGGCACGUCGAGGUGGACUUGGGCGGCGCGGUCCAACUAGCUUGUCCUGCAGGUACAUCGGGUUGCUGGUCCAGGCUGGAGCCGGGCAGCGGUCGCUUGGAACCGCUGGGAUCCUCGCAGGAGUUAAGAAUCGAUCAAGUUCUCUACCAGGAGGCCGGCGAAUAUCGUUGCGUGUCACCGAACAAAGAGACUCUACGUCGACUAGACACCCUUAGAAAUUCACUAACCGUCAAUUUAACCAUAACCGGUAAGUACCAACCGAAUUAA